AUGAAGAGGGCCAUCCUGUAUGAGCGGCUGCUGGUAGGCUUCCUACUGCUGAUUACUGAAUGCACCACGACAGGCGAUUUCACUCCCGAAUCUCUCGCACGAUGGCCAGACCAAUCUGUCCGGGAGGGUCUGUCGAGAGAAGCAAUUGCGGAGUCCGAUCCAGGACUCGAAGGAAGCCGCUCGCAACGAGAUUCGUAUUCUAUGGUCCACCCGGCUCCUGUUCAGAUGAAGGAAACCAGACCUCAGAAAAGAAUCAAACUACUGGGGGUAUUCAUGGAGCCUAACGUCCCACCUCAACCUCAACCAAGAAUGAAACUAAUGGGAUCUUUCAUGGAGCCUCAAGCUCUACCUGAACAAGCAAUGGAAUCAAUUGGGGCUUCCGUGGUUUCCAACGGCCCAUUGACUCCUAGAAACAAUCAUGAAGUCGUCAAGCCAUCGGUUCAAUCGAAUCCGACUACGUCUUUGGAGGAAUCGACUGAAAUAGAAACUGCAUUGAACCGAGAUAGCCCACCAUCCCCAGGAUCAAAAACAUACAACUCUAAGAUCGUUCCUCCUAGCGAACCUUCCCCGAUUGUCGUUCAGGAUGUCUCGAAUUCUAACGAUCAGCCGACUCGGGAAAAGGGAUUGCAGGGAGAUUUUAAUCCGAUGGAAUUGAAUUUUGACUAUGAUCUGUUCGAACAUUCCCCAUCACUCUCCACAAGUGAAGGCUCAAAAGCCAAAAUAUUGCAAGUUUUUGAGAACCUUGGUAUUAAAAAACUCAAGAUGAAGGUGGAAGAUUUUGUCGAGAAUCAGCACGACUUCCAGGAAAUGGAUCAAGAGCCUCUACCGAGUACUUAUACCGCUACAGAGAGGAAGAGUGCGCUCAAUCUUCGAAGAAAUGAUAGAUUAAGGAUAGCUCUUGAUCAUUUUUCAAGGGAUCCGGAAAUAUGGUAUAACCAUUGGGCACAGCAGGCCGGUUUCGAUUCGAGUUCAUGUGUCCGAAAGAUAGACUCUCUCCCCGACAAUCGGGUCAAAGAGGUAGCGAGGCUCUAUUUAUUUUACGUUGAGAUGAUCAGUACGAUUGUGCCAAGUGAAAAAGAAGGAGAAAGUGUGGGCUCACAUCUAUCGAAAGCAGUUCAACUUCUCGAAGACGUGAUGAACUCGGACAAGACUCGGAAAACCAGGUUUCAAAUACAUGUCGAAAUGAGGAAACAGGCGGAAGGGCGUGGGCCAUCCCAUUCUUUAGCUGCCGUUUGGACUUUGGUAAGAUGGUGGCUAGCAAGUUCGAGAAAUGACAUCCUUACACAACUGGAAAUCAAACAUAAACCAUUUCGUAAUACUAAGAUUUUUUUCAACUUUAUUUUUCGUCACUCGAUUGAAAUUCUCAAGCAAAGGCUGGAGAGCAGCAGCAGAAUCAUCAAAGAAUUGAACGCCUGA